AUGCGCCCCAGCAGGACCAUCACUGCAGCCCCCUCCUCUGCGCUCAGGCCUGUGCGGUUAACCCCACAGGAAAGAGGAACUGUGCUCUCCAAAGCCUUGAACUGCGCCUCGAACUUGACCAGGGAUCUGGCCUGUGAGCCAGUGAGUAGCAGGUCAAAAGCACAUGGACUGGCUGGCUUCCCAGGUGCCGAGGUCUCAGCACAGGCCAAGGCCAGGGGGAUGUCUUCACCGACUUCCUGUGUUCCCCACUACCCCCUCCCACAUCCUGUCUGGAUAACUUGGAGCGAGGCACCUGACUUUGGCCUUCCUCCCAGGGUCACAUGCUCCUGUGAGCAGGCCGUGCUGGGGCGUCGGGCCAGGUGCCCAGACCGCCCAGCCAGCCCCAGUUUACACACGAGCCACAUGCCCAGGGAAGGAUGGACAAGCUCCUGCACCUCCAGCCUGGGGCCCGGGGGAGAGUCUUUUCUUUCUCCCUACCUGGGGUGA